GUCAUCUUCUCUCUCUCUCUCUAGCCAUUCCCUUUCUGGGUUCUCUGCGCUCCAUUGGGGGGCCUCCUGCCUCCAUCCCUUGUCCCUUCUUUCCUUUUCUGUGCACCCCACUAUUUAUUCUCUCCUCCUUCCUUCCCCUGAGCAUUUCUGGGUUCUUAUUUGCUAAUUUUAUGUAAUUCUCUGAUUCCUUUUCUCGGCCAUACAUCCAUACCCGCUUUUAAUUUUCUUAACUAGCUGUGUCUUGAAAUUGGAACUAUUGCUUUUUCUCCUCGUUAGCUUCCUGGAGUUUCGAGUUCUAGGCUGAGAAGGGCUCGGAUCUGCUGAAAUUCACUACUUCCUCUCUAGAGAUUUCUGGGAUUCAAUAGAGAGAAGGGGGGGUAGAGAUGGUACGAGGGAAGACUCAGAUGAGGCGUAUAGAGAACGCCACAAGCAGGCAGGUGACCUUCUCAAAGCGCCGUAAUGGGCUCCUCAAGAAGGCCUUUGAACUCUCAGUGCUUUGUGAUGCUGAGGUUGCUCUCAUCAUCUUCUCUCCCAGAGGCAAGCUUUGUGAAUUUGCUAGCUCCAGUUUGCACGAGACGAUUGAACGCUACCGAAAGCAUACCAGGGAUAGUCAAACAGCCAACAGAUCUAGUGAACAAAAUAUGCAGCAUUUGAAGCAAGAAGCAGCAAGCAUGCUGAAGAAAAUCGAGUUUCUUGAACUUUCAAAACGGAAACUCUUGGGGGAAGGUUUAGGGUCAUGCUCCAUACAAGAGUUAAACCAGAUAGAACAACAGUUGGAGAAGAGUGUGAGCACCAUUCGAGCAAGAAAGAAUCAGGUUUACAACGAACAAAUCGAGCAGCUAAAAGCAAAGGGAAAAGUCCUCGAAGCUGAAAAUGCAAGGCUUUCUGAGCAGUGCGGUAUACAGCCACAGCAAGCAGCAAACGGUGAGCAGCAGAGAGAAAGCCAACCCAAUACAGAAAGCAGUCCAAGUUCAGAGGUGGAGACUGAGUUAUUCAUUGGAUUACCAGAAACUAGAGCAAGACGAAGCAUUCUGCCUCCGCUACCUCCAAGGUCUAGUUGAACAUUUUUAUAACUCUACCUCUGCAAAUAUUUUGAAGGAAAAAAAAAAAAUAAGGGUAAGCCCCACCUGUUUUUCAGCAUUGUACAUCAGAAAUGUCUACCCUAAAGGCUCUCUCUCUCUCUCUCAGUAGGAUAAAUAAUAAUAGUGAUGGUGACUAUGCAAGGGACAUUGCCAUUUUGUUUCGUAGCAUUGCUCACGCUUUGUGAUCUUCAGUAACUCGCAUAUUGUAUAUUUGUACUACUUUCCCUUGAUGUUUUAGAAUCCAAGAACUUGCACCGGCUGUAUAUCGAGUUAUGGAUUGGUAAAUAACAUUUUUUGGAUUU